AUGAGCAAUAUAAUUAUUCAAACGGUACGACAUCAACACGCGGCUCCAAGUACCGUUUACCAUGCGCUCUAUGGCUAUUACUUCCUGGGAAUUCCCAGGAAGGAGCUCUCCAGGAUUUACGGGAAGUCAACAUCCACCAUAGGCUAUUGGAUUCUUAAAUAUGAGGAAAACGGAGUUUUCAAACGAAAACAGCGACUGCAGGUAUACAAAAAAUUUAGCGCUAGCAUGAGGGAAUGGCUGGUCGAUCUUUACCGUCGUGAACCUGUACUGCUGCUCGAGGAAGCAAGGGACCGGUUUCAAAAACAUUUUUAUGUCACAAUAAGCGUCUCAUCUGUAUGCAUUAUACUGCAUGAGGCAGGAAUGACAUGGAAAUGUAUUGAACGAAGAGCAAUACAAAUUCGGGAGGACGAAAUAACCCGGUUUGUUCGUGAUAUGUUGGCCAUUCCAUGGGAUCUCAGCAAUCUUGUUUUUCUGGACGAAGUUAGUUUUGAUAACCGCGAAAUGUUAAGUAAGAAAGGUUACGGGAUAGUUGGGAAUAAAAUUCUGUACCGAGGGGAGUUUUGCAGAAAACCUCGAGUAUCGUUUUUAUGCUUCCUUGGUGUAGGAGGAAUGGCAGACAGUUUCUGGACAGAGGGUACUUUUAACCGGAGAAAGUUUUUCGAAUGCUGUAGAAAGUUUGCUCUCAACAACAAAGAGGUUCGGAAAUAUCCAGGAUUCCCAUCAGUCUGGAUCCUAGACGGGGCAAGGAUCCACUGUGAUGUUAAUAUUAUACGAUAUCUUCGAUCUAUUGGGAUAAUCCCUAUCUUUCUGCCACCAUAUUGUCCAUUCUUUAACCCAAUUGAAAUACUUUUUGGAUUGAUCAAACGAAAUUUGAAAAUAGCCCAUCUUGAAGGAGCUCCUAUUCUGGCAGAUAUUUGUGAUGCUAUGAAUCGAUUCAAAGUCUAUCCAUGUGCAAAGAUCUUUGAGCAUUGUGGUUACUUUCCCGGUGGUACAUUUCUGCCAGAGAAAGGUCUUCAGCAAGAUGUUAAGAACAUUGGUUUGAAUAUUACAACCCGAUAAUAAACGAUGGGUUCUCUUACAAGCAAUAUAAAAUAAAAAGAAUAUAUAAAAUACAGGAAGUCGCAUUUUAUUUCACAUUCU